AUGGUACCGCAGGAAUCCGAUCACUCCAAAGAUAGUGGGUUUGUUCUUGAUCCAGAUACGUUUAAAAAGAUUCAACCACUCGAGUAUCACCGUCGGUUUAUUCAGGAAGGUGUGCGUGCGGAUGGACGGCCAUUGCUUCAUUUCAGAAACACAGAGCUUGACUUUGGUCCAAUUACAUCUGCUAGUGGGUCAGUAUCUGUUAAAGUAGGAGACACAUCAGUGAUUUGUGCCAUCAAGGCAGAACUUGCAGAGCCAGCGCCUACUUUGCCCUAUCAAGGCUAUCUUGUGCCCAAUGUUGAUCUGCCUGCUCUUUGUGCAUCUCAUUUUCGACCUGGUCCACCUUGCGAGUUGGCACAGAGCAUCAGCACAUUUUUGAACAACAUCAUAUCUAGUGGUAAUGUUUUAGAUCUAGAAAGUCUGUGUGUUGUACCUGGGAAAGUUGUGUGGGUUUUGUACGCAGACAUUGUUUGCUUGAAUUAUGCUGGUAAUAUUUUCGAUGCUUCAGUUGAUGCACUUAUAGCUGCACUUUGCAAUGUCAAGUUGCCCGAAGUAACUAUUUCAGAUGAAUCUGCUCCGGUUAUUAAUAAUUUGCCAGCUAAACCGCUGAAACUGAAUCGCAUUUUAAUCUCAUCUACAUUUGCCAUAUUUGAUGGACAAACACUGCUGGCUGAUCCUACACACGAGGAAGAACCACUUGUGUCUAGCACUGUUACUAUUGUAGUAGAUGACAAGGACUGUAUUUGUGCGAUUCAUAAGCCAGGCGGUGUUUCCAUAACUAAAGCAGUCAUUGAUGAGUGUUUGACACUUGCUAAAUCCCGCACACCAUCAUUUAUGAAGCUGAUCUCAAAUACAGUUUAG